UGGAUUGUGGUAGUUUGUCACCGUUUGGGGUUGUUGUUUGACGGUUAAUGUUUGCUUCCGACCGAACCUAACGAUUGGGACAACAUUUAACACUUUGCUUACCCGCUCCAGUCAUGUGGUGGACUCGUGCCAGCAAUGCUUCCCGGGCGGUAUUGCUGGAUCUGUGCAAUGAUGGUUGGGAUGCUUAUGGAUAUCCACCUCGGUAGUGGCAUUUCCUACACGUUACUAGAAACCAUCCCGAACAAUCAAGUGCAGAACGCGAACGUGCAGCUAACCGAUCACAUCGCAACUAUCUUUGCUACCAUCAACCAUAUCGAUAUCGUAACCGGAAUGGAUGAUCGCGAUGCGGUGCUCUGGCCCGUGCCGGAACAACGUACUGUGCGCUGGCUCGAUACACCGCCAAGGACGCUCUGCAGUGUCGCACCUAUCAACCGGGACGAUUCCCACUGUGCUGAUGAGCAUGAUGAUGCAGAAAGACGCAGUGAAUACUUCACCCACUAUCGCCGGCAUUGGACCGAGAACAGUCACGGAGGUUACUUAAUCUAUGAUAAAGUGUCCGAAAUAAGCAAGUACGUGUGUCUGUUCGAUUCCACCGGAACGUAUUUGAUGGUGGACGACCCGCUGCACACCACGCCAUCGAUUGAGCGAGACCAGAUGCUACAAACACUGCAACACAUCUGGACGACGCGUGGCACCUUUCGGGUGUAUCUGUGGGUCCAGGAGACGCUGUACGGGUACGAUCCGUUUAAACCGACGGUGGCUUCCGCGUAUGGGGCACUGGUUGAGGUUGGUGCCGGGAACACACCGCCGACGGUGCCACCGAACAAUUUUGCCGGAUAUCCGGUGCGUGUGGAGGUGUUUCGCUCGGUGUACAGCAAUCCCGUGCCUAGCAAUUCCAGCUCCGGUUCCGUAGCCUACACUGGAGCGGAUGUGACGGCACGCGAUGUCUUUUGUCAGGUGUUAAACGCUACCGUGGUUCAAGUACCCGCGGACAAGGAGCUGUUCGGUGACCGUCUACCGAACGGGAGCUUUUCCGGUGCGCUCGGGCGGCUCGUACGGCGCGAAGUUGACAUCGUGUUUACCGGGUUCUUCAUCAAGGAUUACAGUACGCGCGAAAUCGAGUUCACCGCCGGCCUGUACUCGGACGCGGUGUGCUGCCUGGUAAAGAAGGCAAGCCGCAUCCCGGAAGCGUUGCUGCCGCUGUACAUUUUCCCCGCCGAUAUCUGGUCGUUGCUGUGCGUGCUCGGGCUGUGCUGUGGCUGCGUGUGGUGCCUGCUGCGAUGGUCCGUGCGGCAACUGCAGCCGGCCAGUUUGUGGUCCCGCCGCCAUCGGCUUGCAGUACUGUUUAAUCUCUCACGCACCGUACGGUCCGCUGGCACGGUGCGCCAAACGCUGCAGCUGUACAUAGACACGUUCAUCCUGCUGGUAAGCGCCCCGUACCGACGGUUUACACGCUCCGGUGUGGAACGCUUGUUUCUGACCGGCCUGCUGCUGGUCAGUCUCGUCUUUGUGUCGCUGUACCAGUCCGGGCUGGCGGCCGUGUUUGUCAACCCGGUGUACUAUCCCGAUAUCGGUACGCUGCAGCAGCUGGACGAAACCGGCCUGGCGAUACCGGUCAAGUAUCGCGGUUUCAUCGACGACGUGUUUGCGGUUAACUACAGCCGGCUGAUGGAUUCGCUCCGCGCCCGGAUGCACCAUCUGCCGGUGAAGGAAUCGAUGCUGGCACGGGUUGCCCGGCUCGGCAACAUUGCCACCGUGACGCGCAAAACGACGCUCGCGCUAGACAAUGCGAUCUACAUGACGACGCGCCAGCUGCACAUGAUACCGGAGUGCCCGCGGAUGUACAAUCUCGCGUACGUGAUGCCCCAUCGGUCGGUGUUCGGGGAACAGUUUAACAAGGUAUUGCUGCGGAUGGUUGGCGGCGGGCUGGUUGACCACUGGAUCGACGAGGCACGGUACGGGUGGACGCUCAAGGAUUGGCGGGUGGUGCAGGGUAUGAUGGAGUCUAGCUUCAAGGUGCUCACCGUCCAGGAUAUGCAGUUUGCGUUUUACGUGCUGGCGAUUGGGCUCGCCGUUAGUGCCGGUGCGAUCGGUGCCGAGCUGAUGCACUUCCGGCGUACCCGCAGGCCGGUUGCCGGGGAGGAUAUGGUGAAGAAACGUUUGCCGGUAAUGGUAGAACGUUUCCGAGGUGCUAUCCGAAAAAAGGCUUGAAGGGUGUUUUAGACAGUCAACUAUACCUAGCAAAAUUGUUUCGAGGAUUGUAUCAAGAUUUUGGUUCCUUCGAGCCAAGAGAUCCCGUGGACGAACCCGUGCUUUAGUCCGCUGUCAGAAUCCAGCUCCAAGUUUAUGGUCCAGACUCUUCAACUAGUAAUCCACAAGGCUUCUUCUCCGUCUCACUUCUUCUUUCUUGGACUGCUCCUAUGAAGCACGUCUUAAAGACACAUGGCUUGGUGUCCAAACCGUUUCCAGGAGACAAGGUUAAUGGCUGCCACGGCCUUCACCCCCCGGUUGCAUCCGAUCUCCCUCAUGUCUGACUUCAAUUGAUCCAGCUAACGAGCUCGCACCUUCCUGGUAGGGCAUGGGUCCGGCUUCUUCAUCACCUGCCCCAACCAGCGUAUCCACUUCCAGCUUUGGCAACUUAGUCCAGGACUCUCUUGCAUAGUCCAGGGCAUAGUCCAGGACUCGUGCCCGUAUCAGCGCGCGGUAUAUGGAGCAUUUCGUACGUUGCAGAAGGACCUUCGAAAUCUCUGGAGUCCUUGGAGCCCGUAGUAGGCACGAUUCCCUUUCGGAUUCUUCGGACAAGACUUUAUCACCGCAAAGGUAGAGACCGGUACAUUCGGCCAUACAAAUCCCAAGUUCCCUUCAUCGAUGAGACUCUUUGGAUAAAGAGGUCUCCAAGUACACGAGGCCCCAUUUGGAUUACUAGCUUUCUUGGUAGAUCUCGCAAACGCUCACUUCCAACUCACAAGCAAAAAAAACGCUCUUUUCAUGUUCCAUUCAUUCGUUUACUAAUUCCUUCGAGCCCUCGUCUCGUGUUUUUCCCCCCACAGCAAGAAUAACAUAAACCGUCACUCCCAAUACCCCGGUAGAGGAGGCUUAUCGAUAGUAUAGAAAAAAAAGGUGUUCGCUUCCUGCGGAGUAGUCGUUGAGAACCACGCACAAGAAAAGGGGGAAUUUAUAUAAUUGAAGCACUCCUUACACUAAUCAAACUAUCUUAUCUAAACACGUGCGGCUUACGGUACGGCCUCGUCGUUUAGAAUUUUCCCCGCUAUUUAUUUGAAUAAUCUGUCCGCGGGUUUUUUACUGUAUUUCUGUUUCUUACUUGAGCCUUGCCUCAUUGGUUUAUUCUAUUAUACAGCGUGCUGCCCGAUGGUUGGCCCCUUCACUGAUGAGCCACCCUAUCGUAACGUGUUACGCAUUCCUCAUUUCGAUCGUUGGCCGACUCUAGCUUAUGUAAGUGCUUAUAGUUAAUUAUUCGUUAAACAUUACUGGGAGUACUUGCGGGGAGGGUGUCUAGAUUAGUCUCUGGUUACGACGCACGAUACAGCCAUACACGUUGAGAGGAUGCCUGCCUGUUUCGUUUGAGGAGUUACGUAUACCUGUUUCUGUAUCAAUGAUAUGAUAUGACCUCCCCCGCAACCGUUUUUGCUUAUAUUUUGUUAAAAAUUUUAUAUUAAUGGCUUUUUUUUUGCUGCGUGUAACAAAUGUGCAGUGCAAUUAAAUUUUUUUACACCGUUGGGACAUUCACUAGUGAGGUUAAGCGUUCUUUAAAAAAAAUCAGGUAAGGUAAGGGAAGGUAAUGUGAGCAAAACAAAAGGUUGGCCUGCUUUAUAUGUUAAAAACAAUUUUAAUCUUCUAAAAAUAUAAUGCCUUUCUAUACCUAGAGCCUUUCUCUGGCUUACUAGCCUUAUUGCAACGGGUCCAGAUGGGAUUUGAAGUCCGGUCCUGCCGCUGUUGCCCCAAACGAACUUUUACAAUGCGUAAUGAAACUUGAAAUUGCGGAUGUUCGUGCUUCAAUUCUUCAACUUCGAUACCUGUUGAGCAUGUGUCAAGUCCACAGGCAUGCAUCCAAGACCGAUGUUCAGUCCCCAGACAUGAGGCCAAGACCGAAAACGGGCAUGCUGAUGUUAAAGACGAAACGAUUAAAUCAUUCUUCCCCAAACUAAAUCUUCUGCAACAAAUAAAGCUAGCCCAACACUCUA